CCUAUGGGCUAUAGCCUAAUGCCUAUGUCCUAUUCUGAAACUUAUAAAGUUUCAAUUCAAGUUUGUGGAAUGUGGAGUAACUUGGAACACAAAGAAUAAUUAAUAUAUUUUGCGUUGUACUGACUACAAGACUAGUACUUAAACCUUUUUAAAUGCGAUAAAAAAUAUUAUGGCAAAUUUAAAAAUCACUGAGCAGUUUUCAGGGAUCUGUAAAGAACUUCUUAAUAUUUUAACUCAAAAAGAAUCUAAUUCAGACCACCUUAAUUUAAUGAUUGAUGAAUUAAAUUCGAAGCCCUAUAAUGGUUUUAUAUUUGUGAAAGAACAUGAUGCAACUGUAUUGAUCGAGUCAUUAUGCACGUUUAUUAAACCAUCUGAAAUAACCCUUUCUGCAAAAGCAUCUCAUUUAAUGAAUAAUAUUAUAAAUAAACAGAAUCUCAAAUUUAGAUAUGAAGUUAUUCACAAAGUAAUACUUUGGCAUUCUUGUUGUUUGAAAGUAUGCUCACCCAUUAUUUUACUAGAUAUUCUUCACAAUAUGCAUUGUAUUCUGCAAGGAUAUUCCAGCUUCACAAGCAAAGCUGGAAUAGAGUUUUUUAUUGAUUUAAUUGGUAAAAAGGGACUGCUUCUGAAAUUUCUUGACUUGCUUGAAGAGAUUAAUACAGACACAUGUUUAAGUAUUCAUCUUAUGACACUUAAAGUCAUGCUAUGCUUAAUAACAGCUUAUGAAGAGGAUAAGUUUGAGGGACAUAUCAGUACAAUAAAAGAAACAAAAGAAAAUGUAUCAAAAAUAAUUCUGGCAUAUCUUUUUAAGACAUCACCCAAGGUAUCAGAUGAAUUUAAAUACUGUAAAGUUGUAAUUUCAGCAUUUGCAGUACUUACCUUCAUAUGUUUCACUCAACAAAACAUAAAAAUAUUGUUGCCAGAGACUAUUGGUAUAUGCAGAUAUUUCAUGUUAUACGGAUUGAGACCAAAUAAUUGCAAGCCGGAAAAAAUUAUGCCUUCACAGCAAACUGUAGCAAUAGCGCCAGUUAAGACAAUUCCUAAGGGCGGAAAGAAACAGAAGCAAAGAAAACAAAGGAAUAGUGCCAUUGAUAGUCUCAAAAAAGAAAUUCCUGUUUCUGAUCGCAGUUUAAUGAAGGAUGUGGAGAGUUUUGAAAAUGGCUUUGAUUACCAACCGGCCAGCAAGAACUAUUUGGAGCCCCCAAAAGCUAACAAUUUUUGGGUCGUUACAAGUGAUUCUGACAUGUCUGACGCGGAGAGCAACAGAGACGCAAAGUUGAUCGCUCUGCAAUCAAGAGUGAGACAGAGUGCUGCAAAUCUCCUCCUAGUAAUUAUAAAGAUAAAAGAAAAAAGAGAAAUUGUUGCAUAUUGGUGGGCUCUUUUGCCAAACACUCCAACUGUCCCCGGGAUCUUCAGCUGGCGUGAAGAAGAUUAUUCAAAGCAGACUUUAGCUUAUUGUGUUAUUAACGACCGAAUAGCAAGCAGCAGAGUUAGCGCUCUAAGUGUCAUAUUGGCUCUGCUCUCAGGUUCCAAGAUGUAUCUGGGACAGGCAGAAAUUUGUAAAAAGGUGAAUGCAUCAUUUAUACCAUUUUCGGUGUCUCUGGGCUUCGUGGUGAGCCGAAUGCAUGAUUUAUUAAACCACUUAUUAAAUAUAAAUUCGUCUGUAGUUGAGUCUAUAGUGACGCUGAAAUGUUGCGCGGCGCUGGUGCAAGCCACGCCCUACACUAAAAUGGACCGAGGACUCGCUAUGGACCUGGUGGGGAGGAUGAGAAGGUUUUUGGUGCACAGAGAUAAAUCGGUGCAAGUAGCAGCAUUAAUAGCUAUGGGAUGUGUUUUAUCAAUUGAUCCAAAGGUUGACGAAGUGCUUCAGUCAAUACAAAAGGACACAGCUAAAGAAACAAAGUCGAACAAGGAAAGUGAAACACCAAAUGAUGACUGUGAUGAUUUUGAAGAAGGAUAUUCGGAUGAUGAAGUCUUCACUAUGACCGAAUUGUCGCAAGAACAGGCAAAAUUCCGCUUUAAUACCUGGAUAUUGGAUAUUUGUUUCAGGAAUCUUGGUUGGAUUUGUGAAGAGAAAAAAAUGGUUAAAUGCAGCCCAUCCACAAUACCAGUGAUGUUGGAGUCACUUCAAGUGUUAUCAGCGAUCGCCUAUCAUCACUUAGCUGAAGUUUUGAAGCCAAACAUAAUGCAGGUGGCCGACAUACUCUGCGAGAUCUUAGGGCACGACCACCAGGAUGUUGUACUCCACACUGUUAAACUGAUAAGUGUUAUUGGAGAUGCUAUCCAGAAGUUAGAAAGAUCGAACUCCGCGCCACCUCUGAACCACUGCGUGUACAUGUGGGAGAAACUGUUGACUCCUUUGUCGUUAGUUCUGCAGAACCACGAGAGUUCUCCGUCCAAGGGUGUGGUCUGCGACUGUAUUGCUAACAUAGGGGAGAACUCCUUCAAACAACUGCCGGAUCGCUUGCAAAGAGUGUGUUGUGCAUUGCUGAUGGGCUUAUGCAGUGACGAGGAGUCGAGUGUGCGAGCUGCCGCAGUACGGGCACUGGCUAUGACUGUCAUGUACCGAACGUUGAGAGAGGACAUGUGCUUCGUAAGUGACUGUGGCGAAAAUAUCCUGAGAGCGUUGGCUGAGCCCAGCAUUCAUGUGCGGAGCAAGGCGGCCUGGGCGCUCGGGAACCUCAGCGACGCACUUGUUAUCAACAUGGACGAACCAGACUUGGAGACUAUUGAUGAUGACCUGGUGCUGCGUCUGUUGGAGGCCAGCGUCCACGCCGCCGCUGAUAACGAUAAGGUGAAGAUGAGCGCCACUCGGUCCCUUGGCAACUUAUUGAGACUUAUUGGUAAUGAGAUUUUAACACGGUACACGCGAUUGAAGCCCUUGUGUGAGACGGCAAUAAAGAAGCUGUUAGAUUGUGCCUGUAAAGUGUCCAGUAUGAAGGUACGAUGGAACGCUUGCUACGCGCUGGGGAAUGCCAUGAAAAAUGAGUGUCUCUACACUUGUCUUAAUGGGUGGCAGUGUGAAGUAUUUACAAGCCUAUGUUCGCUGGCCCAAGAUUGUAAAAAUCUGAAAGUGCGUAUAAACGCAGCGGUCGCGUUACGUGCGCCCGCGACUCGCCACAUGUACGCGCGCCAUUACGUAUUCGUUUGGAAGGGAGUGCUCACUGCCAUGGAGAAUGCCGCUAAUUUCGACGACUAUACAGAAUACAAACAUAAGGAUAAUCUGAUUGAACAACUCUGUGUCACCCUCGCUCACAUGUGCUGCAUCCUCGAACAGUCAGAUCUUGGCGAUAUUGUCGACUCCCUGGUGUUCCACGUGGACUGCGCCAAAGGCCUCUACACACAACUGUACCAGAAACUGCCCCCCGAAAAUCCCUCCUGUAUGAAGAUGCUUCAAGCCGCAAAACAUGUGACAGUUGAUUUGACAUCUCUCAAUGAGCUUCAAUCGCAGUCCUUGGGAAUGUUGCAGGACAUGUUUAUAUGGGAUGUGUGACGUCAUCAGCUAAUUAAUGUAACUGACCGCGACUCUUGUUUCGCUCUUGUAAAAUAAAUUAAAUCUUGAGGGAAAAUCUUUUCGUAUGGAGAAACAGCAAAAACGUGACUAAGGAUUGUCAAGUAAUCACCGCUGCCCACACCAGUUUAACAGUGGGAGGCUCCUUUGCACAGGAAGCCGGCUAGAUUAUGGGUACCACAACGGCGCCUAUUAUUACUGUGUUUCGGUCUGAAGGGCGCAAUAUACAAUAAAAACUGUUUCUUUUUUUAAAGAACUCAGGGUUACGUUUAAUACGACGGUUAAGAAGCCUUCGUCAGCGGGUCCGACAAGAACUUGACUGAUGUUUAAAUAUAUAAGAUCAUUGCGUUUACUCAGCUUCAUAAUAUUAAUACUAAAUGAACCAUCUUAUAACAGGAAAAAAUGUUUUAGAUAUUUCUUCUCAGUCAAAUAAUGAGUAUUUUUUUUUAUAAAAUUAAUCACGUUAAAAUUAUGCCUCUUAAUGUUAAAACAUCAUUAACGUACAAUAAACAACUAGACUCACUAUGUCGCUCAACAAUUCUCUGAAGAAAAACUCUGCCUACGAGUCUAUUAGGAAGAGCUUUUGGUCAGUGAUUUUCGACCGCGCUUUGAACACAACGCCACGCAAUGACAAAGUUUUCAGUGAAUAACUAUCCAAAUAACAGCAUAUCCAAACAUAAAAAGGAUGGAGUGUCGUAUAUCAAGUAAGUGCCCCUCUAAAUUAACAAAAUUAUGUAAUUAACUUGACGAUUUGAAAACAAAAUGUUCUUGCCUCGUGUUCGCGUCCAAGCUCCUAAUGAGUGUAUACAAUAUACUUUUAAUGUUACCAAAUAUACAGGAUGGUUUUUUGAGAAGGGCGGUGAUAGCCAAGUCGAAAACUACGAGUCUUAGAGAAAACUCGUGAAGGGAGUAAUGCCCUCGAUCUAUAAGAAAACAAAAACUGCAUAUUUAGUUUUUUUUAAUUUGUUGAACUUCUGACGGAAAUUCUUUUCUUCGGACUCUUACGGAGAUACAAACAUCAUCUCAUCAACACAGUGCAAUAUUUUGCUGCAUCUGGAAAUAUUUUAUUUUCACGGACAAACUAUCUAGUACUCGAGUAUCAAAUUUAAAAGGAAUAUUCAUUUUGAGUCUAUUCAGAGUACUUUUAUGUGGUAGUUUUGAUAUGGUUUGCAAGCAACUAAAUGCAUGUGGACUGUAUAAAUAUAAGUUCAACGCAUAAACUUUGUACUGUGAGUCGUAGCGACUCUCGUAUUGUUUUUAAUUCUAUUUUGCCAUUCAAUUAUUUUCUGAAACCUCAGACUGAUUUAUGACCUAGGUGACGGUUAGGUACUGCUUGCUUGCGAGUUGUGAGUCCAUACUGAAUAGCCCCAUUUAUGUGGUCGCUCUCCUUACUUACAGUUUCGAUACCUACACGGGGAGUGAUACAGGCCUGAUAUUACUGCCACGAAAUAUGGAGUUAAUUUGAGUGAAUGUUUUAAUGUUAUCUGUAUAUGUCAAUGUAUACUUAUAUAUAACACCGCUCGGUUAUUUUAUGACGACCUAUUAAUAGACGAUUCUAGUUAUAUAUUGUAUGUAACUACAUAAAUAUUCAUUCAUGAUGUGUUUCAUUCAUUUAAAAGUGCAAUACAUUAUUAUAUUAUUCAUAAAUAUAUAAGUACUUUUUUUUUAAAUUAAAUAUGACGUCACUGUUCGUGCUGUAUAUUUUCUGCGGUUAAUAUUUUUUAAAUUAUGUUGUAAAGUAAAGAAGUGAAGUAAAGUAUGGAAUAGAAUUAAUGCAGUUGCAUAUUUAUAGGUAAGUAUUUAAGUAAACUAAAUAGUAUAUUAUAAGUUUUUAAAUUAUUAAGUUAUCACAUUUGUACUUUACUACCUAAACAUUAAUAUACCAAUAAGUACAGAA